CUCAGUUCGAUCUAACAUUCGUUGGAGUACACCACUGUCCGUCGUCGACAAAUGGACGUUUAAAAAUAAUUCUAAGUACUUUUAUGAGAACUUUGCGGUUUCCUAAAGCUGUUGUGAAGUAUGUGAACAUGUUGUUGUUGUUGUUGUUGUUGUUUGUGGAGCCUGGUUUGGGACGGGAUCCGAUCAACAUCUACUGGAACUCGACCAACCCAAUCUUCUCCUCGUCCAACCCCACCCUGAUCGACGUAAACAAGAACACGGGGCCGUGGGAGUAUGAUCAGAUUAAUAUCAUUUGUCCGUCGGGGCCCAGAACCACGGAGAAGCACGUCAUAUAUAGUGUUAAUAAAGAUGAGUUUGAUCGAUGUGAGGUUGGUAGCUCAGCCUCUGCUCUAAUAGUUGCAGUUUGUGAUCAACCUCAAAACUUUCUAUACUUUACAAUUACAUUCAGAUAUUUCUCCCCGUCUCCCCGACAGCUGGAGUUUAAACCUGGAGAAACCUAUUUCUUUAUUUCCACCUCGGAUCCAGAGAACCUUCUCCGGAGAAACGGAGGAUACUGUGAUACUCAUAAUAUGAAGAUUAAAUUCAGGUAAGACACUUCAUUUCUU